CUUCUCCGCGUGCUUCACGAACUUUUCAUCUCCCCGCGCUGCGCGCUUGAUGCCCGACAAGGACCAUCUCUGCCUGUCCGAAUUUCAUACGUCAGAAUCAAUUAAACGCGACGCAUCCGCCAGACGCGUCUCACCCAACCAGAUCAGUCACCGGAUACUCGAACCUGCUCAGACUGAAGCAGAGAGAGUGGUUAUUCGCUCCUUCCCGCACUUUUCGUCACAGCAUUAUUCAACCGGGUGCUCCCGACUCUUCUCAUCAGUCCAGGCCAGGUCUCACAAGGACAAUCUGCUAGGUCGUCUUGAGAGCGCGGUUUUGUCGGAGAGCAUCUCACAUGCUGCUUUCUGAUGAACUACUCAUAUCAAUAUCCUCCAGAGCAACCACCCUCCAGCAAUCGAGCGCUGGAUAGCGGCGAUUAUGAACUGGUGGUUCGCCAACAACCAAAGGAAGCCCUCGUUACCCAACCGGGCAAAGAGAAAAACAGAAAACCAGUCGAUCCUCCACCGAUUAUCGAGCUGAGAGUGACGUCCAAUGCGGAUCCCGGAAAACAAUUCUUACAAAGUCCAUAUCUAUUCAUGCAAUGUACUCUCCAGGUGGAUCAGCAGUCCAGCUCGAGUGAGCACUCCCCAUCCCAAGUCGUCCCUGGUCAAGAGAUUACCGGCCAGAGCGUCUCAUCACUACACAGACUCAAGGACAUCAACAACGAAGGUAGGCAUGGCGGCUUCUUCGUGUUUGGAGACAUCUCGAUCAAGUUAUUGGGGAAGCAUAGGCUCAACUUCAGCCUUUUCGAGCUGCGAAAGGAUACUGGCGAGGUAGUCUUUCUUCGAUCCAUCACGUCGGAGCCCUUCGAUGUCGUGCAGCAAAAGCAAUGGCGCGGGCUCGUGGAGUCCACGCAUCUGUCUAGGACCUUCUCAGACCAGGGUGUACGACUACGACUGCGCAAAGAGAACCGCAGCAUAGCUGGUUCCAAGCGCACCUUCCCCUACUCUCCUCGCAGCAGCACACAGGCGGGACCCUCUUCAACUUUUGGCUACGACGAUGAUCCGAACAAGAGACACCGCCCCAACGAACACGCCCAGCAACAAGCCUACUCGAUGACUGAAAGAGCCCCUCUUGCAUCCUACGAUCCUCGACCGGCCCCGCAGAACAUGGCCCCAACACCCUACAACAUGCAGCAACAAGCUCUGCUCCAGUCGCCGCAAACCUCCUACGGCUCUCGCACACCUUCUGCUCCACGUGGCUGGCCGCACUCCCAGAUCUUCAACCCUACUCACGGCUCCACAUCUGCGCCAGCAAGGUUCCCCGAAGGUGCUGUUGAAACCGCACAGGGUAUUACUCACAGCCCUGGAGCUGUAGGGUAUGCAUUGCAGCCUGCUCCGUCUAUGGGACACGACUCCGGCCCUUUCCCACGAAGGAGCACUGAUUCUUACAUGUCUGUCUCACAUCAGCAUCCGCAAACAAGCCCAACUACCCCCUUUCAAGGUCCAGGAGCUCCCAUGUUCAUUCCUACCAGCAGCAGCAUCCCAGGACAGUCGGCGUACACUAGUGAACACGACCCGGCCUCCAUGGUCAGACAGCACACUCAAGCUCAAUCUGUCGCAAGUCCUGCCUCGUCCACGAGAUCUGGUAUGAUUCAAGCAGCGCCCGCUUACUCCAUGCAACCUCAAUCGCUGCCCCACCAGACUUAUGGCGCCAUGCCGGAGAACCCAUCCUUCGAAUAUCAGUUUCGACAACCCGCCUACCCACCGCAAUCACUUUUGCAACAACCCUCAAGCAACCCAAAUCAUGAAAUUGGCCGCCAUGCACAGUCCUUAGGUACGCCCAUCGAUAUGCGGACUACACAGCUGCCCAGUCCGUACAUGCAGCAGCAGUCGCAUCAGAAUCUGGCCAUUCGCCCGCAGCACCCUGGAGAGUCGUACGGCUCGACACAUCAGCCCCAGCCGUACCCACCGGAGCUGGCAGGGCACCCGUAUCAAGCACCUGGGCAAGUACCCUAUCCUCCCAAUCAGGCACCCGACCCCUCUCGACCGUACUAGGAGACGGACAAAAUACCACGAUCAGACUUUGACGCAAGGCGAGACUCUCUACAUGAAGGCAAAACAAAACACGACUACAAGCAUCGUCCCGCGGACACGGGAUAGAGAAUAACGACCAUGCUGGACCACAUCCAAACACGUUUCAAGAUACAAUGAAUGAGCUGGACACUUGUACAGAGCUGUGAUCUUUACGAAGGCACAUACGAACAA